UGUAGAUGGGGAGAAGGGGCAGGGAAAGGGACAGGGAGAAAGGGGGUUGGAGGAUGCGAUGACCAAGAUAGGAAAACUAUUGACAACACCGUCACGGCUAUUCAAAUUACUCAUUCCAUUGUCAACGGGGUAUCAUCAGGAACAUAAGGACAUCGAACCCAUCGCCAUCCUUGUCCACCCUCAACAGCCCCUGUCCCACCUGGAACGCCUAAUCCAAUCCGAAGUCCCCCCCAUCAAGACCUCCGACAACCAGACGCGCUCCCCAACCGUGUCCUUCAUCGCGCUCCAAAUUGAAGACCACCCAAUCCGGCCCCGAAAAGCCGUCUACGAAGGCACGGGGGCCGAAGUGCACCAACUGGACGAACUCGGCCGCAUCGACGACGGCAAAGGCAAACGCGCUCCCACCGAAGACGACACCUACACGUACCUACGGCGCACCUCACCCAGCAAAGACAACAAUCGCAUGGAGCAACGCUUCGUGCGCUGGUCCCAAUCCACCGAAAUCGGGGAUUUCAUCCGGGACGCCGCGCGCGCACGAGAAUUCAUUGUCUGUGUUGAAGGCGCACCAGCAGGCCUGCACCAGAUCCGGGUAGCGGUGCCGUCAUUCGACGAGCGGACGCAUUUCCUGCGAAUGCGAUUACGGAAAAUCUCCGGACGAAUUCAGGGCAUCGCGGAGAUUAAGCACGAGUGUGAUGCGUUGGCGCACCGGGGGGCGCAGCGCGUGGCGGUCGGCGGGUUUGGGAUCCUGGCGAUGUGGUGGUACCUGGUGUACAGGUUGACGUUUGAGACGGAGUUGGGCUGGGAUACAAUGGAGCCGGUGACGUAUCUGGCCAGUUUGUCGACGCUGAUGGGUGGGUAUCUGUGGUUUUUAUACCAUAAUCGGGAGAUUUCGUAUCGGUCAGCGUUGGACUUUACCAUUAAUGCGCGGCAGAAGAAGCUGUAUCAGGCCAAAGGGGUCGAUUUGCAUCUGUGGGAGUCGUUGAUUGAUGAGGGGAAUACCUUGCGCAAAGAGAUUAAGAGUAUUGCGGCCGAGUAUGAUGUGGAAUGGGAUGAGAUGCAGGAUGAACGGGAUGAACGGGUUACGGAGGCGUUGAAGCAGGAACGGACGCAGAAGAAUGGAUCCAAGAGGGAUAGAGAUGAGGAUGAGGGAGAUGAUUAGUACUACUACACUUAUCAAGACAUCGCCAGCCAAGCCACGUCACGCCACGCCACUGCCACUGCCACUAUCAGUAUCACAACACAACACAGCAUCACAACAUCACCAAAGAUCAGAACAUCAGCAUCAAGUUUAUCCAUUUCGAACCGGAUCAUAAUACUCCUUCUUCCCACUUCCACUUCCACUCCCACUCGCACUACCAUUCCCAUCCCCUUGUCUCAACGACGUCUGCGGCGACUUGGACCCUAUAGCAUAUAGCAAGUUAGUUAGACCUGUACAGCAUACCACUACCACAACCACAACCAUCCAUCUAUCCUCCUUCUCCUCCUCUUCUUCCUCCUCCACAACCCCCAACCCCCUCCAUCCCC